UGCUUCGGCGCAAUUGCCGAAGCCAGGCUGAUCAGGGCGUCCUGGAUCGCCUUGGAGAGGUUUCCCAUCUCCGUUUGGCCAGCGGCGACGAGGCGCCGCUGGCGAGCUCGAAAGAGCGCCACACAGAUGAUGGCGGCGCCCACGGCGCCGAACACCCCCAAGGUCAGGGAGACAAUCUCCACCGUCGUCGUCAUCGUCGCUGUUGUUGUUGCUGUUGCUUUUGCUGCUGCUAUUGCUGCUGCCUUUAGCGCUGUUGCUUCUGCUGCUGCUGCUGUGGCUGUUGCUGCUACUGUGGCUGUUGCUGCUGCUGUUGCUGGUGCUGUUGCUGGUGGUGCUGGUGGUGGUGCUGGUGGUGGAGUUGCUGCUGCUGCUUCUGAGGCUGCUGAGGCUGCUGCUGCUGUUGCUGCUGCUGCUGCUGCUGCUGGCGGCGGCGGAGGUUCGCGGAUUAAGUUGAUAGGAACCAGUCUUUGCCUUUGCACCUACCCGAUUACCCUUACUUGGGUGACACGAAGGGGCAGGAGCGAGGUUGACGCAAUAGGCACAGAGGUUCCC